AUGGGAGGCUGCGCGAGCAAACCUAAGGAAUCUGACAUCGUCGAAGGCUCUGUCCCGAAGACCGACAAUGCUGUUGUUGAGUCCAAGAAUGUCACGGCCGAGACAGAUUCCACAUUAACUCAGGAGAAGAAGGAAGAGACUACUGAAGAUGCAGUGAAGGAAGGUGAGACAAAAGAGGACUCCUCUGAGGUAACCAAGGCCGAGCCAACUCCAGAAGUUGUGAAGGCAGAAGAGAAAACUUCUGCUGCGACUGAGCCAUCAACACAAGAGACCGCACCGGCCAAAACCGAUGAGGCGCCUCUUGGGACCCUUUGA